AUUUUAUAGUUGAGCUUCUAAAAUUUUCCAUUUGCUUUGCUUCUGAUCUCCGUUCUUUCGCUACGCAAUAUAUAUAUAUAUAUAUAUACGCACAGAGAAGCCGGAUCUCGGAGCUUGCAUUUUUUUUUUUUUUCUCCUCCCCGGCGACAUUGAAGGGCUGGAAUGGAAGCUCACGGCUCUGGAUUCGGGCGUGUUUUAGUGUUGGUCUUCUGCGUCGCCGGAAUUUGGUCUGCCUAUAUCUACCAAGGGUUUCUUCAAGAAACUCUGUCCACUAAGGGAUUUGGUCCGGAUGGGAAGAGAUUUGAGCACCUUUCUUUCCUGAACUUGGCCCAGAAUGUAGUGUGUCUAAUCUGGUCGUAUAUAAUGAUAAAGCUUUGGUCCAGAGGUAGCAAUGGUGGUGCACCAUGGUGGGCUUUCUGGAGUGCUGGUAUUACUAAUACAAUUGGACCGGCAAUGGGAAUUGAAGCCUUGAAGUAUAUCAGCUACCCUGCUCAGGUCUUGGCAAAGUCCUCAAAAAUGAUUCCAGUGAUGCUGAUGGGUACUCUGGUCUAUGGUAUAAAAUACACAUUACCUGAGUACGUUUGUACUUUCCUUGUUGCUGGAGGGGUAUCUACAUUUGCACUCAUGAAGACUAGUUCAAAGACUAUUAGCAAGCUGGCUAAUCCAAAUGCACCCCUUGGAUACGGACUAUGUUUCCUGAACCUAGCAUUUGAUGGGUUUACAAAUGCUACUCAAGAUUCAAUAAAUGCAAGGUAUCCAAAGACAAGUGCUUGGGACAUAAUGUUGGGAAUGAAUUUAUGGGGUACCAUUUACAACAUAGUCUACAUGUUUGGCUGGCCACAUGGAAGUGGAUUCGAGGCAGUCCAAUUCUGCAAGCAGCAUCCAGAGGCAGCAUGGGACAUUUUUCUCUACUGCCUCUGUGGUGCAGUUGGCCAGAAUUUUAUCUUCUUAACCAUAAGCCGUUUUGGUUCCCUUGCAAACACUACCAUUACCACUACCCGCAAGUUUGUAAGCAUCGUGGUGUCUUCGCUUUUGAGUGGCAAUCCCUUGUCAACAAAGCAAUGGAGUUGCGUAGUAAUGGUCUUUUCUGGGUUGUCAUAUCAGAUAUACCUCAAGUGGAGGAAGCUUCAGAGAUUGCAGAAGAAGAGAAAGCCCAUGUGAAAGGGCUUUGUAACAAUUUUGAACUUUUAUAUAUCUUAACCUUUAUAAAAUUUUAUUUUUCUUUUUCUUUU